AUGAAAUUCACUUACGUCUAUUUUUUAAUAAUCGGAGUAUGCGGGCUCAUCGUUGGAUAUAAUGAAGAAUACUAUCCAAAUAUAUACGAUCAAGUGGACAUAGAUGUGAUUUUUAAUAGCGAACGAUUUUUAAAUCAAUAUAUAAAUUGUUUGCUCGAUGAGGGUCCUUGCACCGCCGAUGGACGUAGUCUUAAACAAAUACUUCCUGAAAUAUUGGCCACACAAUGCGCGAGAUGUAACGACUACCAGAAGAAAAUAGGAAACAAGCUUUGGCAACUGAAGGAAAAAAAGCCAGAUGUAUGGAAUCAGUUCCAAACGAAAUACGAUCCUGAGAAUAUAUAUUUCGAUAAGUUUGAAGCAUAUCUUAAGAAUUAA